AUGGCACCAGUCAAGGUUGGCAUCAACGGUUUCGGCCGCAUUGGCCGUAUCGUCUUUCGCAAUGCCGUCGAGCACGAUGACAUUGACAUCGUCGCUGUGAACGACCCUUUCAUCGAACCCCACUACGCCGCAUAUAUGUUGAAGUAUGACUCUACCCAUGGUAAAUUCAAGGGCACCGUCAAGGCGCUCGACAACGGGUUGGAGGUUAAUGGCAAGCUUGUCCGCUUCUACACGGAGAGGGACCCCGCAGCAAUCCCAUGGAGCGAGACGGGCGCAUACUAUAUCGUCGAGUCCACUGGUGUUUUCACCACCACAGAGAAGGCCAAGGCCCAUUUGAAGGGCGGUGCUAAGAAGGUUGUCAUCUCGGCUCCUUCUGCUGAUGCCCCUAUGUACGUCAUGGGCGUCAACGAGGAGACCUACAAGGGCGACGCCGAUGUCAUCUCCAACGCUUCUUGCACAACCAACUGCCUGGCUCCUCUUGCCAAGGUUAUCAACGACAACUUCACCAUCAUCGAGGGUCUCAUGACCACCAUCCACUCCUACACUGCCACCCAAAAGACAGUUGAUGGACCAUCCGCAAAGGAUUGGCGUGGAGGACGUACCGCUGCCCAGAACAUCAUCCCCAGCAGCACCGGUGCCGCAAAGGCCGUCGGAAAGGUUAUCCCAGCCCUCAACGGCAAGCUUACUGGAAUGUCCAUGCGCGUCCCCACUUCCAAUGUCUCCGUCGUCGACUUGACUUGCCGUCUUGAGAAGGGAGCUACUUACGAUGAGAUCAAGGCUGUCAUGAAGAAGGCCGCCGAGGGUCCUCUUAAGGGCAUUCUUUCCUACACCGAAGACGAGCUCGUCUCCACCGAUUUGAUCGGCGACAACAACUCCUGCAUCUUCGAUGCCAAGGCCGGUAUCUCCCUGAACAACAACUUCGUCAAAUUGGUCGCCUGGUACGACAAUGAGUGGGGUUACUCGCGCCGUGUUCUUGACCUUCUCAGCUACAUUGCGAAGGUUGAUGCUGCAUCCAAGUAG